GAGCGACAAGCCGCAAACUCCAGGGAACGCUGAGAUUGAUGAAAUCAUGCAGCUGACUACGAGUCUCCUUACGCAGAUGCAAAGUCGUUUCGAGGACAUGUCUCAGACGAUCCUUGGAAAAAAUAUCCUAUUUUGGUUAUGA